GUGCAGCCGAGCCCGGAAAAAGGCAGGAGGACACACUUCUGUAGCAACGGAGCUAGCCGCUCCCAUGUGUGUGCUGCUGUCACAAGGGUGAAGAGUCCGCCAAACCAAUCUCUGUAGAAAUUCUAUAUUCUGUCUCUAGAGACCAUUGUAGAUUAUAUUAUCAAGCGACGAGGACUGACACGGACAUGGCGACAUCCAGCUCCUGUGUUGUGGUAAGAUUCUCCUAACAGCCGGGAUGAAACCUGAGACAGAAGAUGGUCGUGGGUCCCUCUAUCCACGCACACUGGAGUAACACUGAGACUAACAUGGGCACUGCUGCGUUCACUGGAAAAAUAACCUAAAUUUGUUGAUAGUUGUCUGUAGAGCUUUGUUGACCUUGGUAACUGGUUUUAAUGUUGAUCACGGUGGUGCUAUGGGUUUCUCCUGUAGUGGCCUGCGGCGAGAGGGACAGUCACAGACACGCGCAUGCCACGCUUUGCCGAAAUGACGCAAUGAACGCUUUUGGACGGAUCCGUGUUAUAAGUGAAGGUUCAAUGUCUGACUGUAGGUUUCAGGUUGUAUUUAUAAAAUUACAGAGAUGUAAACAACAACACUUAAAUCUGAAAUACACGAGCUCCUAACGAGGGGGCGUGUAAGGACGUGAACAGCUUUAACCUGUGCUAUAAUUACCAUACACUAUGUUUAUGUGUGUAUAUAUAUAUAUAUGGCAGUACAUCUGGGUGAUUGGCUUCAAAUAUCAUGUCCACGGGUUAUUUGUCCAUCAGGCUGACAUUCUAAUACUCUCAAAUUCAGUAAAAUACACAUCAUGUGGAAAAGAAGGGUGAUUUGUUAGAUACAGUAGUUGUUAAGUCCCUGACAAACAUUAACAUUUGGUCCUGUUUAGUGUCUGAGGAUAUGACAGAGGUCAAAUCAAAAUGACGUCUCUUGCAAAGUGUAAUAAAAAAAAAAUGUCUAUGUCAGAGUCCCCUUCAUUCAUCAAUUGGAGCUGUUUACCAUGUGAUUCAGAGGGACUAAACAAUCAAAAAAGGCAGAGAAAUAUGUAUGUAUUUUAUGCAUGUUUAUCUAACAAAUUCCCUUUCAGCACAAGGGUCCACCAUAGGUCAGAGCGGUAAAGUUCACUAGAUAACAACGGCUCCAGCACUGGAAUGAGUAAAUAAAUAACCAAUGUGCUGUCUUUUCUAGGACGUUUCAGGCCGUGAAAGCUUUUGCUCUGUGGUGGUGACAUCCAUCAGAUAUGCAGCCGCUACUGCUGAUACUGAGGGGCUGCAAGCCUUAAUGCUUUUGGAGCAGGAGACAGUCACAUUUUGAAGUCCCUGUGUAUUAUUCAGUUAACUUGAGUAUUAAAGUUGGCUCUGCUCUUGAUCCUAACAAACAUUUUAUUGUGGUUAUGGUGCAGCUUUGUUUCUUCAAAUAAAAGGCAACAAUGCUGUGUGUAACCGAGGAAAAUACUCCUCGGAUCAUGUUACCUUGAGGACAUCUGUUUGGUCUCAGUCAUUAUCAUUUAGACUAGAAAGGUAAAGCCCAAACAGAUGGUCAGGAUUUCACUAUUUGAGGGCAUGAGGGGGUAACACUGUAUUGUGGUUCAAGGACAGGCGCUUUUCACUGUAGUAUUGGUAAGAUAGGAUGUUGUUAGAUCUUGUUUGUAACAUCUGUUGGGAUUAUGCUGAAAAACACACGUCUUUCCCUCAGCAACAUCUACCCAUCUGUCACAUGAUACCAGUUAUGUUGUUUGGGUUCAUCUAGCAGGCAUCUGUGUUUGAGCAGGAAAUCUGAUUUCCUAAAUCAAUAAGAAAUACUUCUCAGCAUUUACAGACUGAGGUAUCUGUGGUUUCUGGAGAGGCCGCUCAGUGAAAAAUACUUAACUGUUUGACGAUACUUAAAUGAUGACUGGAUAACAGAAAAAAUCCCUUUCCUGUGGGAGUCUGGUCCUGAAAAAGUUGAUGAUUAAUAAUGCUACUGUGUGCAGAUUUAGACACUACCCUCCGAGUUUGAGAUGUGAAGUGAAAAACACAUUAAUCUCAUCCCGUUCCCCUCGCACUGACCCUGUAUCAGGUGAAGGCACAGUGCCCCAUGUUAGGUAAUCCCCUCGUUUUUUUUUUCUGAGAUUUUAACCCCUUGGUGUCGUUUCAUUUCAGAUCAGUGAUGAGGAGCAGGGUUAUGACCUGGACCUCUUCUGCAUACCAAAGCAUUACGCUGCUGACCUGGAGAGGGUCUAUAUCCCACAUGGACUUAUCUUGGACAGGUGACUUGAUUGGGGAGGGAUUGUGAAACAGGAUGAAUUUCAGGGUCGUAUAACUGGUGGCGGCCUCUGAGAUUCUUAGUAAAGGCUGAUUUGUAGAUAAUGUUAAAUAAUGAAAAAAAAAUUGAAUAGCAUUUAUUAAAUUUUUAUGUGUGAAUUUCAUUCUUCUCCUCGUUGGAGCUCUUGCUCUCAGAUUUGGGAUGUCAUCAUGAAUGCAGAUAACCUGUAGCACUUUGGUAGUUUGCCUUGAUGGACACUUUUUAAGUGCUUUAGAAAAUGACAGCUGUGCCUGCUGAACAAACAGAGUGGACAGGGGAACUACUGCUGACUGUAGCAGAAAACUGAGCUGACCCUCCUCCCUCUGUCCCUCUCUCUCUCUCUCGUUCUCUCUCGCUCGCUCUCUCUCUCUCUCUCUCUCUUUCUUUUGCCCCCACAUGACACAGGACAGAAAGACUGGCCAGAGAAAUCAUGAAGGAAAUGGGGGGACACCACAUUGUGGCCCUCUGUGUGCUCAAGGGUGGUUACAAGUUCUUCGCAGACCUGCUGGACUACAUCAAGGCCUUAAACAGGAACAGUGAUCGCUCCAUCCCAAUGACAGUGGACUUCAUUCGCCUAAAGAGCUACUGUGUAAUCUCAAUUAUUCUUGUUUGCUUGUUUGUUUGAUCAGAUGAAACUUUUUUAGCAACAGGACUAGAACCACUUUAUUUUUCAGUAUUUGUACAGAACAGAUGCUGGUUAGCAAACCCACUGUUGCUGAUGUUGCCAUGGACACAAACACUAACUGUCUCUAACAUACCCUUCUCCUCAGCAGCUGAACUGAGAAGGGUUUGCUUUAGGGUGCAAUCAACUGGUGAUCAAGUGUGUCUGUUGAGAGUGAUUUUAAAACCACAGUUCAGAACUGUGAUUUAAAAAUCAGAUAGGGAACAAAAAGAUGCAUACAGGAGGCGCAGAGAAAGCCUAAGUUCAUCGCCACAUGCAUUAAUACAGAAGCCUUCCCCUCCAGCUAACAGUGACCUCUCACAAAAUCAUCCUUGGCUGUAGCUGAGAAAUAGAUUUUUACAAAAUUUCAGAGAAACACCCUUUAACAGAAGAUUAAGAAUAAAGGGCGCUGAGAUUUUUACCUCCAAAUGUUAGAAGUCAACUUUAGUGUGACAGUAUUUCACAAUUUACAGGGAAAAAAAACACUUGAGUGGCCUUUGUCCUGGUCCUAUAACAGUGAACAGGACUUUCCAGUAACACCUUUUUCAAAAAUCGAGAAAUUCAAUUAAGUCUUUGUUAAAAUAAAGUUGUUAAGUGAACAGGGAUGAACGCUUCCACAGGUGUCUAAGGUCAGAACAAUGAACACUCUGGCAAUUUGACAAUCUGUCCUACUUCAGGAGUCGUUUAUAGCCACUGAUAAACAGCUGCUGACCCCAAUUCCUCAGUCUAUAUCAUAAAAUCAUUGCAGAAAGAGGUUACACACAGGCUGGAUUUAGCGUCUCGCAAACCUCAAAAAGUAUUCUGAGUAGACUAAUAGUCAGGCCACACAGAUAUGUGUGUGUUACUUUUUUGUCCAUUCAGCAAAGCGGAGCAGACAGAGGCCCAAUUGAUAGAUGGGUCACAUGUUUUAAGUGUGUUUUAUCCAUUUUUUCCAGUUUCUGUUUAAAGUGCACCUCAAAUAUACUUUUUCCAAUUAAGUAGCUGUUCUCUCUCAGAUAAAUAGCAAAACUUGUUUAGAUUUCAUUAAAGUUCUCCUUUUAUACUCAUAUUCUUUAUAAAGACGUUUAAAAUACACCAAGUGGUCAAGAAAAACAUUUUUUGCUGAUAUAGUCAACACAAGUUGUUCACUGUAUGUUUACAUAUCUGUGCAUACAAAACAAGUAUCCGCAAGUAUAUCAACUUAAUUCUUUUGCAUUAGCCAGCUACCCUUUGGAGUAUUUUUGCCUUUUAUAGCAUUUGGUGUAUAGUGUGCUACAUGUCAAACUCUCUUUUGUCCUCACAGAACGACCAGUCGACAGGGGAAAUCAAAGUCAUUGGUGGUGAUGACCUCUCAACACUGACAGGCAAGGUAAAAAGUGCGGUAUUCAUAACUAUGAUUAUAAUGAUAUCUACGGUUAUUGUUAUGAAACUAUCAUAAACUAUUCUGACCAUAAUAGUGAAACUUUAUCUGUGGCUGUUGGUCAGACAGUCCAUGUGACAGUCUGCAGGACGAGGCGAAACUAAUCAGUUUUUCUGUUAGCUGCCAAUAAAUCAAUGCUGUCCAAUAGAAAUUCCUGCAUGAUUCUCUCCCAACCACUCAAUCUGAUAUUCUUAUCUUCUUGCUAAGAUAAUAGUAGGAUGCAAAGAUAGUUGACUAAUAAAAAAGCUACAUCUAUCAGAUAACUAAGCAUUAAACUUCUGUCGCGCUGUUUUAAAGUCGAUAUGCAUGCCUGAUAGAGUACGAUAAGUUCACAUUUAAUUAACUGAAAUGUUUCUUUCUUUUUACACAGAAUGUCUUGAUUGUGGAGGUAUGUAUCCAUGUUUCCAUCUACGUCCAACUAAAGCAGCCAACUUUUCGGUUCUGAGUUUGCUAAUGUGAGUUUCUUUCAAACUCUGCCUUAAAGGACAUCAUCGACACAGGGAAGACGAUGAAGACAUUACUGCAACUGCUCAAACAGUACAAUCCAAAAAUGGUUAAAGUAGCAAGGUAAUGUAACCCCAUUCAUCACUGCUAUAGGACUGUCUACCCCUCAACCUCUUAUGGAAACACUUUCUGAUGCCACCUAUCAGCAGAUUAGUUUUUGCUCUGAGGCUGGUUAACUGGUCACUGUUUUCCCGUUGUAUUUGGAUUUUGUUACAACUGAUAAUGAACUUGUUUUUCUGUCCUCAGUUUGUUGGUGAAGAGAACACCAAGGAGUGUUGGCUACCGACCAGACUGUGAGUCCAACAUAAUGCUUUCUGUGGACUAUUAGCCAAAGACAGAAUAUAACGUGUAAUACAGUAUAUACUGUGUGUUCAAAGAGGGCGUUUGUUUGGCUUUUUGCAAACUGUCCUCCUGUCUCUGUUGGUUUACUCCCAUGAAUACCAGGAACUGAUCUAUGCAACCUUUCUUUCAGUUGUAGGAUUUGAGGUCCCGGACAAAUUUGUGGUGGGCUACGCACUAGACUACAAUGAAUACUUUAGAGAUUUAAAUGUAAGUAUCAGAGAUAGAUAUAUGAAAUGUAAAAGUUUUUGUUAUGUGUGUAUGUAAAUUUGUUCCUGUGUAUUGAAAAAAGUUCUGACAAGGUGAAAUACCUUUUAAAGAGUAUGUCCUUUUAAAAGUACUUACGAUCUUUUCUUUUUCAGCAUAUCUGCGUCAUUAGUGAAACGGGAAAGGAGAAGUACAAGGCAUGAGGAGUUUGUAACAACCAUACUGUAAGAUUAUCUUUUCCUUUUGUGGUCCAUUGCAUCUUGUAUCACUUCAAAAUGUAUUUAAUAAAAGUACUCAGCCAGCUCAGGGUCCUUAAAGGAGCCAGUUUUUGCCACCACCCACACAGUAGAUUAAAUUUCGGAGAAGAUUGAUUGCCUUAGUGAGAACCACGUCUGGGUUAAACCGCAUGAAACCCAGAGCCACCCGCUUCUAUGCCUCUACACUGUUUUAUUUUUUUUAAGCAAUAGAGUUAUUUUGGAUCAGUGCUGCUAGCUUUAAGUAAAUAAAUCAGAAAAUAACAAAGACCUUCAAAAACGGCUUUUUGUUGUAUAUCUGCUUUUAAGUUGAAUAAAGAAAUUGUUUUAUGGUGAGCACUUAUGAAAGAAGAUAUAAAACUUUCUUAAAUUCUGCUUGUAUAUUUUGGGACAGAAAGCUUUUCUAUAUUCUUGUGCUGUGUGAUGAGAUUUUCAUAUGUUACAAUGUGUAGAAAAGUUUGACAAUUGUUGUCCCUGAUGUAAAGUAUGUGUUCACUCAAAAGUAAAGUUCUCUCUUGUGUUAAUGUGUUCAACCUUUGGAACAAAACAGUUGUGUUUUCACAUGUACCGUAAGACAGAGAUCCUUUUUUAUGCUGUAUGUAAACUGUCAAGUACACAAAUGUGUUCAUAUUUGGUUGACCGCUGAACUGAAGCUGUACAAUCACAUUUUUUAAGUACUUUAACUCCAUCUGCUAGUUGUUCAAUCAGACAUGAUCAACCAUGUUUUUAUUGUUUUGUUUUUAUUCUUUGAACUGCUUUUAUUUUUGGUGCCAUCGCUGUAACCAGUCCAGACUGAAUUUUGCAAAACAGAUCAUUAAAUGUUCCCACCUCUCUUAUGA